ACUGCAAAUAAUCUAAGGACACGUUUUUGGUGUGUGUUUACGAAAUAUUUCAAGCUGGUCGCUUUAUGACAGUUCUCUCUCGUACCGGCUUAUUGAAGUUUCGAUUUACUAGUUUAAACAUUUUUUAUUACAUAGAUUUUAUAAUUUUAUCGGGUAAUUUGUAAAGGUACCAAGCAUAUUCUCCAAUACCUAUUUUUAAAAUAAGGUUUUAAAAGUACUUCUCAAAAUAAUUUCAAGUACAUAAAAACGUACUCUUUGUUGCAUGCUUAUUUGAGAAAUUUAGUUUUUUGUGAAAUCAAGAUGAGAAUGAAAGUAUCCUUUUUAAGUUUAGUGAGUGUUUUUGUGACAUUCUUUCAAAUGUCAGUUCAACAGUCUGUUUUAAAAUGCUUAGUUUGUAAGCAAGUUGUCCAUGAAAUAAAUUCUGCUGUUUCUAAUGAAGACCCUAAGAAAACAAUACAAGUUGGCAGCUUUCGAAUUCAGCCUGAUGGUACACAAAAGCAAUCUCAAAUAAAAUAUGCUGGCUCUGAACUUCAUCUCAAUGAAAUUAUGGAGACAGUGUGCAAUUCCCUGGAUGAUUAUGCGCAGGCAAAAAAUAAAGACACUGGAGAAUUAGCCUUAUUGAAUCUUUCAAAAGAUAUAGAAAAGUUGAGCACCCAUGAAUUAGUGCAAGAUCCUGAUCUUAAUCGUAGCCUUAAAUAUUACUGCGAGAGCUUCAUUGAAGAUUUUGAAGAUGAUAUUUUGCAAGUCUUUAAAGCGGCUGAAGAUUUGCCAUUAGAUGAUGUAUCUAGGAAACUAUGUAGCGAUUCAGCUGGUUACUGCAUAGCUGCACACACUGAAUUAUAAAAAUGGGGAGCUCUAAGUUAUUGAAUGAAUACUCAUUAUAAAAUGUUUUUCACUUGUAAACCAUGUAUUUUCAAGUUUUCAUUAAAAUAUUUUUAUGCUUAAAUUAUUUAUUAAAACUAUAUAAUGGCUAAA